GCAAUCCUGCUGCAGACAGAAGUGCGUUUGAGUUUCAUGCCCACGUUGUGUUUGCAUGACUAUCCGAUUUAAAAACAUCAGCACGAUGUUAUUGGUGAUCUAUUUCCUGGUUGGGUACACGCAAGGGUUCGCAGACUCAUUUAAGGUCAAAGUGCCAUCUGAACCUGUUUUGGUGGUCCGUGGAGCGACCGCCCUUCUUCCCUGUGAAUUUAUGCCAGAUAAGGACCUCUCCCAACUGGUCAUCACCUGGCAACGCGAGGAAGAUCCAAGAGUGGUUCACAGCUAUUACUACCAGAGGGACCAGCUAAAAACACAAGACACAAAUUAUUUUAACCGCACAAAAUUAAAUCAUCAGCUUAUUACGAAAGGAAAUGCCUCCCUGGCAUUAACAGAUUUUAGACUGAAAGAUGAAGGUAAAUACCUGUGUAUAGUAACCAACAGCCUGGGAUCAGAAAGAGGAGUGGUUCAGCUGGUCUAUGGAGCUCUUUAUUCAGAACCAAGAUUAAGCAUUCAUCUCAACUCCCAUAAUGCAACCAUCCAGUAUGAGACUGAGGGAUAUCCGAAGCCGGAGGUGGAGUGGCGAGGGUCAGGUGGUCAGAUUCUCACUGAUGUUAAGUCUGCAUCGGGUGAAGGCCUUUACCACUUAAGAAGCAGUUAUAUAAUCAAAAACUCUGCAUUUAAUAUCACAUUUACUCUAAAAAACCCUCCUGUCCAUCAGGAACUACAGAGACAUGUGGUCCUCAGUUAUGAUGGGAACACAGACAGGAAAACAGACAGGAACACAGAUGAAAGUGUUAAUAAAUCCGUCGUGUUUCUUGCCAUAUUAUGUGUUUUCCUCAUGUGCACUACAAGCGUGUUGUUAUGGUUGUACUGUCAUAAGAAGGAAAACCCUAAGCGGAAGCAGAACGGACAUAUAGCAUUAGAACAAAUCAACGAAGUGAACAAAGAAGAGUCGAACCGCAAUGGGACAAUGGGAUGACAUUUAAAGGGGACAGAGAAUGAAAAAACAUUUUGACCUUGUCUUUGUUGAAUAAUGGUAGUCUACCUGCAUUCACAAACAUACAAAAAGUGCUAAACAUGCUAAACAUCUCAGUCUCAUAGAAAUUCCUCUUUUAGAAAUGUCAGCCAGAAAACGGCCCAAUCUGAAAAACUGAUGCUUAUGACAUCACAGGCAUCUCACUGCCCCUCCACUUUAAAAUAAUUGGCUACAUUUUUUGAGUGGCAGCAAAGUCGGCCAAUCAGUAAUGAGAUUGCAAGUUAAACCAGUAGGGGGAGCCAAAUAGGUGCAAAACCACUUGUUUAAAAUCCCCCACCCUAAUAGAGCUAUCUGAGAGAGGUUUUUAGGAAACUUCUAAGGCAUUACAGACCCAAAAAAAAUUUUUUUUGUCUACAUGUCACAUCACAGAACAAGGAUAAAUACUCAAUUCAAUCAUUCUAUGUCACCUUUAAACAUGUGACCCUUGUGAGUACUUGGACCUGAAUACAACUAGACCCCUCAUCAUCGCCCAAUAAUGUGUGUUUGAGUUUCUUCAUUUUUACAUUACAAUGUUUAGUUGAAUCUAGUGGCGUCUGGUGACUUCUUUUUCGCGAAGGUGGACACUACUUGAGUAUUUUUGUUACAUUUUUGACAUGGGAAAAAUUAUUUAAAAAAAAUUCACUACAUUCUAAAGCAUAGAAUCAUACUUUGUAUUAUAUUGUAUAUUAAAAUUGAUUUAAUACCGAAUUACAUAAAAAUUUUGUACUUUUACUUUUCUUGAGUAAAAGUACGAAAGUACUUUUUACUUAAAUAAAGGAAAAAACAAUUCUAGAUGUUUAAUGUAUUUAAAUAUUAAAUAUAAACCAAAAACUUGAAAUUAAAAAAUGUAGUGGAGUAAAAAUUAUGAUAAUAUGCUUUGGAAUGUAUGUUUUCUAAAGAAAAACACUUGAAAAUGUACUUUUAUGUAGAAAGUAAAAAUACUUAAGUAGUGUCCGCCUCUGCUUUUUCGAGGGCGCACAAUGCGAAGCUCGUCACAACAACACGUUUAGUGUUAAAUUAGUGUCUUGCAAAAAUUUUGUGAAUUUUGUGAGAAGUGGAUUUUUUAGGAGACAAAUUUGUUUAAUAUCAAUAAAAUGGUUUGUGAAAAUAAUGCAUUUUAAUUACUUUAUUAAAGUAAAAUUACUGAACAUAAACAAGAAAACAUGUCAGACAUACUUAGAGGGUUUUGCAUCUCUCAAAUGUAAAUAAUGUUUUCUGCUGCUUUACUUUACUUGAUUGUUACUGAAGUGUAUGAAAGAAAAAUGUCUGAAAAUCUGAAGUGCGUAAUGAAGUGUGUACUCUAAUGCUGCAAAAAUAAAACGUUUUAAUGGUACAGUGUUAACAAAAAUACUUUUAAUUUUCAAAUAUAUUUUAAAAUAUACAAAAAACAUAUGCCAAAAAAUAUAUGUACUGAAAUCAAUUUUAAAAUAUGUUUGCAUAUUUUGUAUUUUUUACCACUUUUUUGGGGGAGGGCUUUUUAUUAUUUUAAAAAUAGGAAGAAAAUCUUUUUUACUUUUUUUCAGACAUACAGGUUUGAAAAUAUUAAAAUGUCAUAUUUUUCAAAUGCAGAAAUAUGCUUAUAAUUUUAUAUUUUAUACAUACUUAUACAUUUUGGGGCGGUUUCCCAACAGGGAUUAGACUAUUCCUAGACUAAAAUAAAUGUAAGAGCUGUCCAAACUAAAAACAACUUGCACUGACGUAUCUUUUAAUACAUCAGUGCCCUUUGUUUUACCUCAAAAUACGCACAAGUAAUGUUUUUAGUAAGGCAUGUUUGUUAAAACUAGUUAUUUUCCUAAUUAAACUAAGGUCUAGUCCUGGCUUAAACUAAUCCCGGUCCGGGAAACCACCCAUUUAAAUAAUAUACAUUUAUAUAAAUAUAAAUAUAAACAUUUAUAUUUUUGCAAGGAAAAAAUAUAUAUUUUUUGCCGUAUGGAUUGUAAAAUUAAAAAUGUAUUUGCUGCCCCUGAAAUACAUUUUGAAAUAUAUGUUAAUAUAUGAAGGAAGGUUAAAACAAAAUUUUCCAAAUAUAUUUAAUUAGGUUUUCCUUUUUACAAAAUGUAAAGCAUAUAUUUUAAACACAUUUUUGGCCCAAAGAAAUGUAUUUUGUUUUGCCGUAUGGGUACAGAGGGUGACUAAAAACCUAUUUAGUAAAAACAUGUGUA